CACUGGAUCCCCGGAGCUGCAGGAGCGACUGGGGGCAGUUCCAUGAAUCCGCCAGACACAGGGGCUCAGGCUGCGACGCCGGAGACUGGGACCGAAGGGCUGGACAUGGGAAGCCAGGCAGCCGGCUGAGCACCUGACCUUGAGCCCCAGAGCCUGCAGGCAAGUCCGAGAGCUAAGCACACUCAGACGUCCAGCUCCACAGACAGACACUCGUAGGGAGGAGCCACAAGGAUGGCGCACCUGCUGGGCAGCCCGGCCUGCAUGGACAGCCUGCGCAAGGACCUCACCGACCUGCAGGGUGCCAUCGUUGACGUGUUCUCUCGCGCCGGGCCCGUGCGCUUCCCCUCCUGGAAGUUCCCCGACCGUGUGGCCUGUGACCUGGACAUGGUGGCCCUGCUGGAACACUACGACCACGUGCCAGGCGACCCCGAGUUCACGCAGCUGGCCCAUGCUGUGCUGCUGGAGCUGGUCAUCGACAGGCUCCUGCUGCUGCUUCAGAGCUGCGCGAGCUACCUGGAGACCCUAACCUUGGAGCAGAUAGUGCCCCCAGCCCGGGCUACAGGGCCCUGCAUGUCCGUGGGGCUCACGGUACGACGCUUCUGGAACAGUCUGCUGAGGCUGGGCAUGCUCAGCCAGCAGGCAGCCCUCCAGAAAAGGGCAAACCAAGGAGAGACCCUCACCUCCGAGCCCACAGCCAAGGGCGAGCCAGCUGGGAGCCCGGAACUGGUAACCGCCCAGCUCAUCAAGCCGCCCUCCCCAGUGUCAGGUCUGUCCCAGGCCCGCCCAGAGCGGGACGGCCUCGCCAUCAGCGUCUCGCUGCAGUGUUCAGGCAGGACGGCUGUGAGCACGAGAAGCGUCCACGCCCAGACUGUGGAGACGGCCCUGGUGCCCUGUGACGCGUGCACCAGCGUCCAGGGCAGCCUGCGGGAGGUGGGCAAGGUGCUCAUCAACCUGUGUCAGAGCCAGAACCUGCCCUCGUCACUGGGCCGCUUCCAGCAGCUGGUGCGGGACAGCAUGGGGCACAGGCCGCUGCCGGCCGCCACUGUGGGCCUCUGGGCGGCUGAGCAGAGCAAAGACCUGGCACGCCUCGGCAAGCUUGUAGGGCCCCUGAGGGCCCAGCUGGAGGAGGCCGAGGGCCAGAAGGACGGGCUGAGGAUGCAGGUGGGCGAGCUGGAGCAGGCCCUGCUGCAGGAGCAGGGGGCGCGGCAGCAGCAGGCCAAGGAGGCCGAGCAGCGCCGGGCCCAGUGGGAUCGCGAGAGGCAGCAGCUGCUUGCAGAAACAAGUGACCUCAAGACGAAGGUCGCCAGCCUGGAGAGGGAGCUGAAGCAGCAGCGCGAGUCCACACAGGCCGUGGAGAGCAAGGCCCAGCAGCUGCAGGCAGAGGCUGAGCACCGGUUGGAGGCCGAGCGGCAGGUGCGGCAGCUGGAGCAGCAGGUGGAACUGCUGGCAGGGCGGUUGGAUGGGGCCAGCCAGCAGAUCCGCUGGGCCAGCACGGAGCUGGACAAGGAGAAGGCCCGCGUGGACAGCAUGGUCCGCCACCAGGAGUCCCUGCAGGCCAAACAGCGGGCCCUGCUGCAGCAGCUGGACAGCCUGGACCAGGAGCGUGAGGAGCUGCGGGGCAGCCUGGACGAGGCCGAGGCCCAGCGGGCCCACGUGGAGGAGCAGCUGCAGUGCGUGCAGGGCGAGAGGGAGCAGGGGCAGUGCCAGCUCCGGGCCCAGCAGGAGCUGCUGCAGAGCCUGCUGCAGGAGAAGCGAGGCCUGGAGCAGGCGACCACGGACCUGCGGCUGACCAUCUCGGAGCUGGAGCGGGAGCUCGCGGAGCUGAGGGAGCGGGAGAGGCUGCUGGUGGCCUUCCCGGACCUGCACCGGCCCGCGGAGGCCCAGAUCCAAAGCUCUGGCGACGUCACGGACGACAUGGAGAGGCAGGUGCAGGCCAACGACAUCCGCAUCCGGGUCCUGCAGGAGGAGAAUGGGCGGCUGCGGUCCAUGCUGUCCAAGAUCCGGGAGGUGGCCCAGCAGGGGGGCCUCAAGCUGAUCCCCGAGGACCAGCUCUGGGCCCCUCCAGGCAAGGGAAUUCAGGGAGCGGAUCCCCCAGCCCAGGCCCCAAGAACGUCCCCGGGGGCCCCGGGCAGGCGGCACCCACCAGGCAGCAGGACAGCCAGCGCGGGCAGGACCCUGCCAGGCCAGCCCCGGGCAUCCCCGCCUCUGCGGCCCCACAGCCGGCCCGGCAAGUCCUCCCUGGAGGAUGUGACCUACCCGACCAACUGCGCCCAGAACCCCAUUCGGGCCUUGGCCAGGCUGAGGAGGAGGCUGUCACUAGGCAGGGGCCAGGCCAGCCCGGCGCACCAGCCCCAGGAGCGGCCCACGUAACCUGCAGGUUGGGGGGCGGGCCACAGGGCAGGCAGCUGGCAGCCCACCAGGUGUAAUAAAGCCCAGGCCAUCUUAGCAACCUUGGCCUUACUGCCCUGGCUCCGCGGGGAAGAGUCCUUCCUCCCCGGUCCUGAGAGUCACUGGCUGGCAGAGGCCUGGCACACCGCAUGCCCUCAGUGGACGGGAACCUCCCGCCUCCCUCCUGAAGGGGAAGCAGGGGACGAGGACGUGCUGAGGGCAGAAGGAAGCUUCUAGCACCUGGGCCACCUGAAAGGCAGUCUUUUGACCCCUCGCCCAGAGCAAAGGCUAAAGGAUAAUGCAGACGCACUGACCCCCGCCAACAAAGAGCAGGGGCAGAGUCAGGGGUGUGCAGGCGAAGGGGGGAUGGCCUGGUGGGGGCCUGGAGGCAAGGAAGGGGUCAGAGGCAGGCAGGGGCCAGCCAGCUGCACACCCGGGCAUGGGGACACUAAGGACCCAAGAGUCAGCCUUCCUGUGACUGAGGAAUGCCUCACUGUCAGGAAACACGAGCGACAAAGGCUUUCUCCAAAUCCAGGAGGUUGGAUCCCCACAAGGCCACUGGAGGCAGGGCAAGGCUUUACCUAGCCAGAGCGGGGACACCCCCGCCAGCCUGGCUGUCCCAGGCCUAUCCCGGGGCCCCGGCACCGAAGCCUCCAGCCUCGCCAGCCCUCCGUAGUCCGGCUUUCCUCACGAAGCCUCUGGCCUGCCCUGAGCCCCCUUACCUGUGAAGGGCAGGCGUUCAGACCGCGCUGAGGACUUCUGGGGGUGGGGGAGGCUCUUGGCUUUCUGGGACAGUUUUCCCUGGUCAGGAGGCCAACGAAUAGAGCACCUCAGUUUACAGAGAAGGGUCAAGGGGGGGCAUGUGUGGUCAGGGUGUGGCUGGGGGGAGCCCAAGUCCUGCUUCUGUGGAGCCCGGGGGGCUCCCUGAUCUAGGCCCUUCACAGGGCGGCUCCCUGAGCCAGGGGCCCGAGAGCCGGGGGCGAACCCAUCAGCCCGGCUCCGCUCUGUGUCCAUUCAGCAGUUCACAGGUCCGCAGGUCAGACGUCUGGGCCCCGUGUGGCUGGGUUCUCUGCUCAGGGCCUGGGAACCAGGCCGAAAUGAAAGCAUCUGCCAGGCUGCAUUCCUUGUGCAAGGGACUGGGGCAGGUUCCAGGCUCCUUCUGACUGCUGGCCGCGUUCCAGCUCCUGCAGCUGCAGAACGGAGGUCCAUUCCUCGCUGGCUGCCAUCAGGGCCACUCUUGGCUCUGAGAGGCUGUCCAACUUCUCGCCACGUGGCUUCUCCAUCUUCGAGUCAGCAACAGAGGAUAUCUCAGGGCUCCGAUCCCCUCUACGCUUCAAAUUCCUGGCUUCCUCUUCCUCUACCAGCUGGAGGAAACGCUCUGCUUUUAAUGGGCUCACCUGGUCAGGCCAGGCCUCCCUGGACACCUUCCCACACAUUAAGGUCAACCGUGCCACACAACACAACCUAAUCACAGGAGCAGACUCCACUGAUGUGUCAGUUCCAGGAUCACACAAGGUGUGUUCACGGGGGCCGGGGGCACCCCAGGGGCUGUUUUAACUUUUGGCUGCGCUGGGUCUUCCUUGCUGCGUGUGGGCUUUCUAUAGUUGUGGCGAGUAAGGGCUACUCU